UCACUGCCUCGCACCCAAGUGCAGAUGACACCUAUCCAAACAAGACAUUAUUUUUUUUUCUUCAAAAAGAGAUGAUUGCUGGAUGUAUCGAGGAUAAAUUCGAAGAGACGGUAGGAAGACAGAAACGCUGCAGUAAGGUAGCGCUGCAAAGUGCUGGUAAGCCCAUUGGGAAACUGACGAUAUCUCUACCCGGCUUCGAACAAGCAACUUGGCAUUGCCGAAGUUUCCCUUUUUCUUGCCGCAUCAAAGCCCUGGACUGCUUGUAGUCAUGGCCAUGAUUUGGCCUUGUUUGGAUUGGCAAAAAUCUUGGAUUUGAUAAAACUCCCGUUGGCGUUUUUGAAGACGUGCUGGAGACAAGUGCAACUUCAUUGCGGUUUGCAGUCAAAUUACUUAGUUUCAACGCUUAAUUUUUUUUCUCCCAAGUUGGACUCUUCGGGUUUUAAGAACCGCAUAGAACCUUAGAGCAGCUAGAUGAUAUCUGGGUUAGAGUUGUGCGUGUCUCCUGCUAACAACACGGGCUCGACCGACCAUGUCACGGCGCCCCUGAUGAAUGGCAUCAUGGAGCGUCGGCUCCAGGGCGCUGGCGCACCUUGCCCGUUGGACUUUCCAGCCCCCUCGCACUGUCUCCCCGCUCACCACCUCACCCCAACGAGCACCCACCAUCCCCGCCACCAACAUCACCACCACCACCACAAACCAAACCACUCCAUCGACGCAAUCCUGGGCAUCCAGCGAGAUGGAGCCAGGGCGGCCGAGAAGCAAAGGACAUGUCUGGUGGAGGGUCCUUCGCAGCAACACCCGCCCAGCCCCACUGAUUACAACGGGGGCCGGCAGCGGGCAGGAUCGACCUCCCCUACCGCCGUGCCGUGUACACCGUCUCCGGAGAAUAGGGAACACGCACAAGAGGAGAACAACUUCUUGGAGAGUUUCAAGACGAAUAACAAUGGAAUUGCUCACAAGAACCCAGCCCGGCCGGGAACACGGGCGGCGCAGCCGAACAACGCAUCGGCAGCCCCCAUCGGCAGCAGAGGCUGCGCCUCGCCGCCGGAGCUGGACGAGGCAGGCCCAGACUCUCCGGGCAGCCCCAGCGAGCCUUGCGAGUCGGUCGAUGGCGGUGGCGACCUCGUCGACGACGGCGGGGACGGCAAGAAGAAGCACCGGCGGAACCGCACCACCUUCACCACCUACCAGCUCCACGAGCUGGAGCGGGCCUUCGAGAAGUCCCACUACCCGGACGUCUACAGCCGAGAGGAGCUGGCCCUCAAAGUCAACCUUCCCGAGGUUAGAGUUCAGGUGUGGUUUCAAAAUAGGCGGGCUAAGUGGCGUCGCCAGGAGAAAAUGGAGUCCAGCGCAAUCAAAAUGCAGGAGCAAGCCAUUUCGUCUCUCCACCGGAGCACCAGUGGGCUCAACAGCAAGCUACCCCUGGACCCCUGGCUGACACCACCCAUGUCGAGCGCGGCGGCGCCCGCUGCGGCCCUCCACUCGCUGCCAGGACUGCUGACAGCCCACGGCCACCACCACCCCCAGCUGCCCCCGCCCCUCGGCUCCACUGGCACCUCCCGGGGGCCCCUCUGCAGCCUGGGCCCCAUCAGCUUCCCCUUGCUGCCUCCCGCCUCGUCGGGCUUCUCGCUGCUGAGCCCCGCCGCAGUGGCCGCCGGCCAGGGCCGCCCAGGGUCGGGAAUGGGGCUGAUAGAGACCGACGACAUCAGACACUCGAGUAUCGCGGCCUUGCGCCUGAAGGCCCAGGAGCACCUCGACACCAUGAUCAGGACGCCUGUGUACAGCGGCCAGUCGUCUCCUACGAGUGACUAG